GAUCAGCAGAGCAGCCGCCGGAGGCCACGUCAAGACUAGCCUAAAAAACAGAAAUUGAACUAAAGUUUGUUAUUAUAACUUCGUAAACAAAGUCGUGCUCCUGCUUCCAGCAUUGUCCAGCUACAGUAAGGCGCUGGCUAGAACUCCCAUCUGUGACUUCAACAGGAAUUGUAGACAUGUCAUACAAGGCGGUUAUCCUUAUUGGAGGACCACAGAAAGGAACUCGUUUCCGACCAUUGUCUCUUGAGUUCCCCAAGCCUUUGUUUCCCGUUGCUGGUUUUCCUAUUAUUCAUCAUCACAUUGAGGCAUGCAGCAAGGUGGAAGAUCUGCGCGAGAUCCUCAUCAUAGGUUUCUAUCAGCCCAGUGAGGCACUCAGCCGAUUCCUUACAACUUCACAGCGAGAAUUCAAUGUCAAUAUACGAUACUUACAGGAGUACACUUCCCUGGGCACAGCUGGUGGGCUGUACCACUUUAGAGAUCAGAUUCUCAGUGGCCAACCACGUGGCUUCUUUGUCUUCAAUGGUGACCUGUGCUGUAAGUUUCCACUGCUUGAAAUGCUGGAAUUCCACAAACAGCAGGCCAAUGGUCAGCACUUCACUCUGCUGGCAACUGAGGCACCCAAGAGCCAGUCAUUAAACUAUGGAUGCUUAGUGAAAGAUCCUGACACACAUGAGGUGUUACACUAUGUGGAGAAACCUCAGACGUACGUCAGCAGUAUCAUCAACUGUGGCUUGUAUGUGUUCACACCAGAAAUCUUUGAGCAUAUCUCUACAGUCUUCAAGAAAAAUCAGGAUGAAAUCUUCAAUGGGGAUCCCUUCUCAAGCAACAAGGACACCAUUCGUCUGGAGCAGGACAUUUUCUCCCCCCUGGCGGGCACUGGCAAGCUCUUUGCUUACAACUGUGAAGACUUGAUGUGGAGUCAGAUCAAAUCAGCCGGGUCAGCCAUCUACGCCAAUCGACUCUACCUGGGACUCUACCACGACACUCACCCGGAACGGCUUGCCAAGGAUGCUGCAAGCGGACCACACAUCAUCGGGGAUGUCUUCAUCCAUUCAACAGCCCGGGUGGAUCCCACAGCUACUUUGGGUCCCAAUGUGACAAUAGGUGCUGGUGUUCUGAUAGGACCUGGUGUCCGAGUCAGGGAAUCUAUCAUCCUGGAAGGUGCCAAUCUACAGGACCACUGUUGUAUACUGCACAGCAUUGUGGGAUGGAACAGUGUGGUAGGGGCGUGGUCAAGGGUCGAGGGUACUCCCAAGGGCCCUAAUCCCAAUGACAAAUUUGCCAAAAUGGACAGCGACAAUCUGUUUGAUGACCACGGUAGGCUUACCCCCUCCAUUACCAUCCUAGGCAGCAACGUGAACAUUCCUGCAGAAGUAAUGAUAUUGAAUGCAAUCAUCCUGCCUCACAAGGAGAUUCGAAGAACAUUCAAGAAUCAGAUUCUACUCUAAGUGUUUGGAAGCAAAGUGCACCCCAGCAGCACAAACUUUUACACAAGUUAGCUGCUGCAGAAAAGACAGCCAUCAAUGGCCAUCAAAACUGAUAUGCAAAAAUGUUGGGAUCUACACUAUUUUGAAUUACGUGUAGUUGGUGUAACAUGGUGGGGUGUAACUGGUGUGUAAAGUCAAUGCUCAACUCGAGUUUUACCGAAAAUAAACAUUCCAAAAUCACAAUUUGUUUUAAGAUACUGUAGCAAGUACUGAUUCUCCAUGCAGGAAUAAGAGAUGUACCUUUACAUAGCAACGAUGGUUCCUUGGUGGAUACUCACUCAAUGCACAUCACAGAUUUAUGUGGGCUUGAUAUGGGCCGUGCUGAGCAUGUGUAUCCAAUUUCUUUUGGAAUGUAUGGUUGCUAGUGGGUGUGUAUGUAUAGGCCCGGUAGAAAAACUCCCUACGAGCCUAUCUCUUAGCUGCCAGUGAGGGAGAACUUUUUAUAGGAGUGAAAAUAUUUGUGAAAUUGUAUCUUUAGUCUAACUACACGAUACAUACAGGUAUAUGCCUCAAUGUUCCAUAAGUGAAAUUCUUUACUUUCAAUUUUCUAGAUAUUGUGGUCGGUCAUUAAGCAGUGUUUAGGGAUAAAAAAGUUUGUUCUGGUGAGGAUGGGUUUGGAGCAAAAGUCAUUACUCAAGAAAUGGGGGGAAAAGACACAACGUAACCCCACUUUUUCCUAGUUUCACUACCCAUUUUUGUAUCCAUGAAGGGCUUUCCAAGUUGGAUUAAUAGAUGGGUUUAAUUUUGGGUUGUUCAACUCAAUUUUUAUAAACCGCCACUUAGUUCAAAGGUAAAUUUUAGUUUGAAGGGAUAGGGUUUUUCUUGCAAAAGUGUAUUUGUGCUUUGAAAUGUAAUAUGGCAGAUUCAGGUUGCCAACAUGAAUGGUUUUCCAUGAGAAUUGUUCUAGGAAGGUGACAAAAAGAUGAACAUUUUCUUCCGUAAUGCUGAAACUGAGAAACCUAUCAAUAAAUAAACUACAAGUAGUUUUCCAUAAUCAAGAAUUUCAUAUUUGUGUUGAAGUAUAAAUGUAACGUGCUACGAACCACUUCCCAGUGGAAAUGUAUACGUUUUCAUGGCAAAAACACACAACCGAGUAGUGGAGGAUGGAUGCACAGAAUCUGUAUUGAUUACCUCAUGUAGUAAUUAUUAAUUAGAUGAAUUCUAAAUAGAUUGUUUUUAUAUCAAAAGUGAGUGAAAUUUGCACCAUUGUUCAAAGUGUGAUUUUCUUCACCAUUAGAGGCAGAAGAUGGAGGGUUCGGGAUAAGGGAACAUCCAGUAGCUAUAUGUAGUUUGUAAUUGAAGGAUUGUACAAAAUGUGUACUCAAAUCAAUGAAAUUUGAACUGACCCCAUUACACUCCAUCACUUUCUAUUUUACAUGUACAUGUCAAUGCAGACACAGAAACAUGUAGUUGCAUGGAGCACACCAUUGACAGAAUAUACAUGUACAUGCAGUCACGUACAAGGUUGGAAUCGUCGUGCCACAAGUUGCAAAUGACAGCAAGUGAAUGCUUUUGUAAAAGGA